AUGGGUCGGCACGGUCCAGACAUUAGGUUCUCACGGUCCGCCUAUUGGGGUUGUCUGUUCUACACCAUCAGAAAAGAUCACUGUUCUGAGGAGGUUGAAGAGAGCUGGACUGUGCGCAUCUGUGCUCACAUCAUUCUGCAAAUGUGUAGUAGAGAGCAUCUCGACAAGCUGCAUCACUUCGCGGUACGGAAACUGCACUGUGGCAGACAGGAAGUCUCUACAACGAGCUUGUCAAAACCGCCCAACGCAACACCAGCCCCAGCCUACUUGCAUCAAGAACAUAUUAUUCAAAAUGUUGAUUCCAUCAGCAAGUACAACUGGACUGAGUCACAUGACCUGAAGCUCCACCUGCAAGUACAGGAUGUGGAAGCUUUAAACAGGGUGCAGGAGAGGUCUAUUAGCAUGCUGCCUGUACGAGACAGCAUGUUCAAAGCUCAAGGAAAACUGACAGGUAGCCUGCCGAAAACUCAAAACCAACAGCUCCACCGAACACGAGUGUUUGGUGUUGAAAUUGUGUGGAUAGGUGCUACAAUCCAUCUGAACCUAUAUCCACUCUCUUUGCUGGUUGAAAAACGGAUUUCAGAAGUCCCUGCUGUGCUCAUUAUUCUUGGUGUUGUCAUAUUUUUCAUGGCUGUCUUGGGGAUUGGCUCCAUUUGGAAGGAAAACGUUUUGGUGAUAAAAGUGUUUCUGAUUCUGAUGAUUCUGGUUUUUCUUGUGGAAAUAUCUGUUGAAGUGUCUACAUAUAUCCUCAGGAGCCAGAUCUACAAUAAUCUAAGCCAUGAUAUUGAGCAAACCUUUGAAGACUAUGAUGAGAUGUCCACGUUAAAAGUGUUAGACCAACUGCAAAUCAAGUUUCAUUGUUGUGGUGCAAACAAUUAUACCGACUGGUUUAAGACUGCAUUUGGCCAGUCAACCUGGUCUGUUCCAUCUGGCUGUUGUAUCAAUAUCACGGAGUCUUGUGGCAGAAGUGUUUCCAAACAGACAAUAAACAUCCAUUCUGUGGGCUGCGCUGAAAUACUGUCAACAUGGAUUGAAGAAUACUUUUCAAUUAUUAGAGGAACCAGCGUCUGCUUUGCAUUUGGACAGGUUGUUGGGAUUUUCCUUUCAAGUUUGUAUAUAAAGAAACUCCAAGAUAACUUUAUACCAUAUUACUGA